AUGAUAAUAAAUUACUACUCAAAACAAUCAGUGAACAAGAACUACUAGUUAUACUUUAAAAUUUAGGAAGCUAUUUCUUAAAUUUAUAUGAAAAUGAUUCAUUAAUAUUACCAAAAUAUAGUAUAUUUAAAUUUGAAUUUUAAAAUGUAAAAAAUUUCAACAUAUUUAUUUAAUAGGGUCAAGAAUCGAAAAUAUUUAUUAUGAUGAAAAAUGCAUUAUAAAUUCCAUCUAAUUAUGUAUUGAAAACUUACAAUCUUAAAGGAUCUGAAUUUUAAAGAAAAGUCUUGAAGUCAGAGGAUUUUAAAAGGAAUCUGAGAAAAACAACUCUUAAAGAUAUUGAUUUUAAAGAAGCAUAAGUCAAAUUAUUAUUCCUGAAAGUAUUAAAGAUUAAUUGAAAAAUAGUUAAAUUAAAAAUUCAGAAUUCUUUUAAAGUUUGAACAUAAUGGAUUAUUCAUUACUUAUUAUUAAAAUGAAUUGGUCUUUUUUCUGUUAAGAUAACCCUUAAAUUCAUGAAAAAGAUGUAAAAAUCAUUAUAUAUGUUAAGAUUCCAAGUUUUUUCAAUUCUAAAUUAAGUUUUAUCAUUUUUCAAAGAAAAAGGAAUUUAUUAUCAUAAUGCCAUUAAUGAUUAUUUAUAAAUUUAGAAUGCUGAAAAAAUGAUAGAAUAAGUCACUAAAAUAGGAAUUAAUUUUAGUAAAGAUUUAGAUUAUUCUGCUAAAAAUCCUUGA